CAGUUUUGCUCUCGUAAAUCACAGGUCUGGUCGAAUUAUUUUGAGGUCACUUUUUAGUCAACUCUAGGUCUGAAGAUUCAAUGAUGGAUCCAUACAAUUUUACAAACUGUCCUCUCAAUAACAACUCAUCCGAUUAUGAAGAUUACUAUGAAGAUUAUUAUGAUGAGUAUACAGAUCUCAGGAAAUCUCUUAACAUCAUGUCAAUCAUUGUAUACAGUCUGGAUUUUGUACUUGGAGUGGUGGGCAAUGGCAUUGUCAUUUGGGUUACUGGAUUCAAAAUGAAAAAGACGGUCAACACGGUCUGGUUUCUGAACCUUGCUGUAGCAGACUUCCUCUUCACAUUGUUUCUUCCUCUCAGUGUGGCUUACACGGCUAUGGGCUUCCACUGGCCUUCUGGCCAGUUCAUGUGCAAAUUCAACAGCACACUUAGUUUAAUCAACAUGUUUGCCAGUGUGUACAUCCUAGUUGUGAUCAGUGUUGACCGCUGUUUGUCUGUGGUGUGUCCAAUCUGGGCACAGAACCAUCGGAAUGUGAGCCGAGCUUCUGUGGUGAGCUUCGGAGUUUGGUUAUUUGCCCUGGUGCUGAGCUCACCCUCCUUCGUCUUCAGGGACACUGCACUCCACAGCAACAAAAUCAUCUGCUACAACAACUUUGCAUUGUCUGAUGACUCUGAAACACCAGAGGUGGUGAGGCUCCGGUAUCGUGCCAUGAUCAUUACCCGUUUCAUCUUAGGCUUUGUGGUGCCUUUUGUGAUAAUCAUCUCCGGCUAUGCAGUCAUCAUCCUUCGUCUCCAAAGAAACCAUUCCAUGCCUGGCCGAACUGGACGCACCUUAAAGAUCAUUGCUGCUGUGGUCACCACCUUCUUCAUCUGUUGGGCUCCUUUCCAUAUCCUGGUGCUCAUUGAGAUGGUAAACCACGUGGAAAUGAAAUACAGCUACACCCUGCAAUAUGUCACCACUGUUGGAAUUCCCAUUGCGACCAGUUUGGCUUUCCUAAACAGCUGCCUGAACCCAUUGUUGUAUGUUUUCAUGGGACAAGACUUUAAAGUCAAGGUGCGCAAGUCAAUCCUGAAGGUUUUGGAAACUGCUUUCACAGAGGAAGCUUCACGUACAAAUACCUGCACAAAUUCUUUACAGAGUGACUCAUUUGGAUUUUAAUGCCAACAUAAAUAAAAGUGAGACACAUUAACCUGAAGAACUGGAACAAAAUAAUUUUAGUUUGUUUGAAGCUUUACAUUAAAACUGCCAUUCUCUCUAUGGGAAAUUCUUAUGUAAUGCAGAAUUUUUAUAUAUGUGUGUGUUUGUAAGAGAGAGAGAUUUAAUGAUAUACCCAUAAAGUAUUUGACAAAUAAAACUUGCUAUUGUAAGCAUAUAU